CGGAUCAUCUCCGGUGCCCGCCGUGCCCGCGGAGGGAGGGCCCUCGCCCGGCGAGUGGCCAAUCCGGGCGGGCGCUGGCGGCGAGCAGGGGCAGAAUGGGCUGUAGUUGAGCGAAAUAGGGAAAGCGGCGAACAGUGUGGAGCGUUCCCGGUGUAAAUAAAAGGGGGGGCGCAAAAAAAAAAAAAAAAAAAAGUUUGUGGAAGUCGCCGCCCUGCAGCCUCGCUCGGGCAGCGGCGCGGGGGCUUGUGCGGUGCGGGAGCCCGGCACGGAGGACUUUAGUGCGCGGCGUUAACACGCUCUGCCUAUUGUUUGUGUUUUUUUCCAAAAUAUGGCAAAGGUUCAGGUGAACAAUGUAGUGGUGUUGGAUAAUCCUUCUCCUUUCUACAAUCCUUUCCAGUUCGAAAUCACAUUCGAGUGCAUAGAGGACCUGUCUGAAGAUUUGGAAUGGAAAAUAAUUUAUGUGGGUUCAGCUGAAAGUGAAGAAUAUGAUCAGGUGUUAGACUCUGUUUUAGUUGGACCUGUUCCUGCAGGCAGACACAUGUUUGUAUUUCAGGCUGAUGCACCUAACCCAGGGCUUAUUCCAGAUGCAGAUGCAGUAGGUGUAACAGUUGUGCUAAUUACAUGCACGUACCGAGGUCAAGAAUUUAUUAGAGUCGGCUACUAUGUGAACAAUGAAUAUACUGAAACAGAACUGAGAGAGAAUCCACCAGUCAAGCCAGAUUUUUCUAAGCUUCAAAGGAAUAUUUUGGCAUCUAAUCCCAGAGUCACAAGAUUCCACAUUAAUUGGGAGGACAACACUGAAAAACUGGAAGAUGCAGAGAGCAGUAACCCAAAUCUACAGUCCUUGCUUUCCACAGAUGCAUUACCUUCAGCAUCAAAGGGGUGGUCAACAUCAGAAAAUUCACUAAAUGUUAUGUUAGAAUCUCAUAUGGACUGCAUGUGACUAACCACCAUCCUUUUGGUACUGUAUAUGUGUUAAACUGUAAAAACAACCAGAACUAUUUCCUUCAAAUUCCAUAAAUACAUAGUUGAAGCAAUGUGAAGAACUUGUUUUAAAACAUCCUGUAGAAAGUUUAUAAAAAAAAAACCAAAAAAACCCAACAAACAAACAGUAUUUGAGCAGAUUGUGAAAUAUAAAUACAACUAUUUUUAAGUAA